AUCGACUUUCAUCACAAAAACCUUCCGUGCAAUGUAAUUCCACCUGCAUUGACCCCCUUCCCGGGGGGUCUCAUCUCAAUACUUUAUUACACACGAUGGAAGUCAUGCAAUGCCUUUGGCUGGACUCUCUCAAUGAUCAGGUAUCUCAGGUAAAUCUUGGGCGUGGACCGGUGUUCGUUCCUAUCCAGUGGCAGUGCAGCAUUGCUGCCUGCCACCGGCUCUGGGUUCGUUCUGAGAUUAUACGGUUAAACUUGAUCUGGAUAAUACCAGCGAAAGGAUCAUGCCUUCCCUCGUAUCCCCCCGCUUGAUGGAAUGGCUAACAAUUCCCAGUCCACACACCUAAAGCAACAUGUCUCCUCCCGCUGCCAUCUUCGAGCCCACCGUGGUCCCCACUGGCAUCAAGUCCAACGUGGUGGUCCCGGAGGCCGCUCCCGUCACUGGCUCUUCCCAGACCCAGCUGCUUGACCACUUCGCUGGCAAGUGGGACAACUUCAAGUUCGCUCCCAUCCGUGAGAGCCAGGUCUCGCGUGCUAUGACCAGACGUUACUUCCAGGAUCUGGACAAGUACGCUGAGAGUGACAUCGUCAUUGUGGGUGCUGGUUCUUGCGGUUUGAGCACCGCGUAUGUUCUCGCCAAGGCCCGUCCGGACUUGAAGAUUGCCAUUGUCGAGGCCAAUGUCUCUCCUGGUGGUGGUGCCUGGCUCGGUGGCCAGCUCUUCUCCGCCAUGGUCAUGCGUCGUCCCGCCGAGGUCUUCCUGAACGAGCUGGGCGUGCCCUACGAGGAAGACCUUGCGAACCCCAACUACGUCGUGGUGAAGCACGCCUCGCUAUUCACCUCGACCCUGUUGUCCAAGGUUCUCUCCUUCCCCAACGUCAAGCUCUUCAACGCCACCAGCGUGGAAGACCUGAUCACUCGUCCCGCUGCUAGCGGCGACCCCAAGGAUGUCCGCAUUGCCGGUGUGGUCACCAACUGGACCCUGGUCACCCUUCACCACGACGACCACUCCUGCAUGGACCCCAACACCAUCAACGCCCCCGUGAUCAUCAGUACCACCGGUCACGACGGUCCCUUCGGUGCCUUCUCAGCCAAGAGACUCGUCUCCAUGAACAGUGUCGACAAGCUGGGCGGUAUGCGCGGCCUCGACAUGAACUCGGCCGAGGACGCCAUCGUCAAGAACACCCGCGAGGUCACCAAGGGUCUGAUUAUCGGUGGUAUGGAGCUGUCGGAGAUCGAUGGCUUCAACCGCAUGGGUCCUACCUUUGGUGCUAUGGUCCUGAGUGGUGUCAAGGCUGCCGAGGAGGCGCUGCAGAUCUUUGACGAGCGUAAGCGCGAGUGCGCUGAGUAAAAUGUCUCUGUUAACUUACAUUUGAGUGUGAGAGAUCACAUGGAAUUUGUUUUUCUUCACUCGUUAUGUGGAAGAUUCUGCACGUGGUGGGACUAAAUUGCAAUACACGAGGAUGAUGAUGAUGUCGCUGGCUUGUUAACGACACUCUUUAUGAUCAAUAUUACUAUUACUUGUCUA